GCCAAUCGUGUGGCAAGUGUCGUGUCAACUCCCGCAGACUCAAACUGAGGAAAUACUGUCGCAGAGACUACGCUCUGGUGGCUCGCGUGAUCAACAAGGAGGUCCUCGGCGAGUACACCCGCUUCGACAUCCAGGUGACCAACGUGUACAAGCGGUCCCGCGCCGUCAGGGUGAGGCGCGGCGGCGACCAGCUGUGGGUGAGGAACCAGGACCUGGUGUGCAAGUGCCCCAAGAUCAAGAUGGGCAAGGAAUACUUGAUCCUUGGGCGAACAGACCGCAAGCAGCGGCCAGGUCUCGUCAUCGACAGAAGGUCCAUCGUCAUAGAGUGGCGCAACGACUGGCAGCUGCGCAUGCGCCGCUUCAUGAAGAAGGCAGCGAAGUGCCGACCGUCGAGGUACUGAGGAGGGUCGCCGGUGGAUCCUGGUGGUGCCAGUCAAGUCCCUCCGGGCCCAGCGCCAAGGAGAGUGCCACUGGAUGCGUCUUUUAUCGAGCAUAAUGGGAGGAGAAGGGAUCCUACGUGAAAAAGAAUCUCACAUGACCAAGAUACUUUUAUUUCUCGUUUACGACCACCGCCGUGUGAAGGCGAGAGAGGGCGGGGGAGGGACAGACGUGUGGCGGAGGGUCUCCCGCAGGGGGACUCUGGACGAGAAGAAAAAAGUGAAAUCUUGUUCAUCCGCUAACCUCCAAGGCCGCGGCUUGGAGCUCGAGCUGAGUCUUGGGGCAAACAGCAUAUCACUCACUUUAGCUUAACUCGUAGCUUAGAAGGUGACUUCAUGUAGUGAUCUGGGUUAUUGUCUGGCAUCCACGGUCACGGGCUGCUGGCGGAAUGGCCACGUCACUAGUGACGUGGCCAUUGCCCUUUGACUAGGGACGACAGCUCUCGACCUGGGUUAUGGAAAAGGCCCAGAAAGUGACCUGGGCUUGUAAAAAAUGCCUUGGUAAUAACCUAGGUUAUUAACAAGUAUGACCUACAUAGUUGCCUAGGUUAUCGGUAAGUGUGAACCAGGUGUCGGCCGUAGUCAUUGAGCUGAGCGAGGGGCGAGGGGGGGAUGGGUCUGUGACCUGGGCUGACCGACGAGUAAUGACUUAGGCCGUGACCUGGCUUGCUGAUGAGUAAUUUGCGUUGUAUCAAUGUUCAGGAAUGUCACACUAAUAUCUGUUUAUAUUAUUAAUGGCAAAUCCGCCAUUAGAAAUAUAUUGCUUUAUGCUCUCUUACCUUGUACGUUUUUGAUUAGUGUACAUACAGACCACAAAUGAUGCGUGUUCAUUAAAUGAAUCGUAACUGAAAUUAUAUAUCUGAUUAGGUUUAGUUGACUUCAACGCACGCUCAGGCCCGGAGGCGGCGAAGCGCCACUCGGGAGAGAACAGUCGCAAUACCGAUCGCUGAUUGGCCUGCAUGGGAGAGUAAGGUAGCCAAUGGCGGCUUGGAUAUGGCGUGGAGUGGGCGCAGACGCGUGGGCGUGUGUUGACGACGGUGCCCCGGCCGCGGGCGUGUUUGGUUAACAGCUUGGCGGGCGCUACCUCGUCCGCAGACAAGUUCCUAAUUUUACUCUCCAUAUUCUUAUGUUGUGCACGGCUGGCCCUGGAUGGAGGGUAGGGGAGGGGGGAGGGGAAGGGGUCGCAGCCACAUCUUUGCCCGGAAGCACUCGCCGCCCCUGGAGUCUGGACAAAAUUCGCUAUGCAAGGUACAAAACGCGAGGCAACCGUGAGCGCGCAUUGGCAGCGCACGAGCAACUGGCACCGAGCGAGGCGGGGGAGGGAGGGGGAGAGGGGGAGCGGCGCGAGCAGUGCCAUCCAGGGCCAUUCCGAUGUAUUGUAGUGUACUGCUGUAUAUGUCGCUGUCUGUGUGGGUACUUAAGCUGCCUCUCAUCCUCUCGACGCCGUAACGUAGUUCCCGCUGGAAAUCAUUCGGUCAAAUCAUUUCGUCACUUCCCAGAGGUUCCCGCUAAAGAGGUAAUAAUUCAGCGCCUUAGCCCAUAUUGGGUGCUGUCGAUGGCGCGAGAUUGGCACGAUUAGAGGAUUCGUUAGAUGUUAGGGCUUUGGAGCAUGAGAGACGGUCGUAACCUUAAGGUGAUAUUCUAGGAGUAGUCUCAGCUAAGUUCCGCUACAAACACACUGUCGGGUUUAUUGUUCUAACCAGGGGAGCACCAUGUUAGCGAAGCUGGCAAUAGUUUGGUUGAAAUACCAUUUUGGUUGACUGGAAGCCGUUCGUAUUAUCAAGUUUAAAAUUUAGUCCAAACUAAUGCAGUAAGGAAAGAAACAAAAACGUAAAAGUAUAUUUCCGGCUGUAUGAACAGUAGUGUUUCGUUGUUAUCUUGAGUAUUUCCCCUGAUCCUUUCAAACACAGACAAAACCUUAGUACUGGGCAUUUAGCUAAGACCAGUCUUCACAAUAGCACCGUUUACUGUCACCAUUAUUUAUUUGAGCGUGGAGGAACAGCACCUAGAAAUAGAUGUUAGGGCGUAACUUGCGAUUUCUUGGCUGCUCCCUCUGUCGGUCUAGUUUGUCCAUAGUUCCCCGGAUGUUCGGUUCGUCACUUGACCCUUAGAAGGCUGAGGACACGGGGCAUGGGUGAGAGGGUCUUGGUUGCUCGUCGGUCUCAUAGAGUGUGGGCUCUGGAGACGAGUGUGGCAUACUUCGUAGGUGGUUGUGGUGGCGAAGUUGCUUGUAUAUAAGAGGUAGGUGUGUGUGCGUUCAUUUGUAAACACUUUUACGCCGAGCUAAAAGUAAACCGAAUGAUGAAUGGACAUAUCUCUCGGUCGUGUGCGUGUCCCCGUGUGUGAAUGUGUCUUCAGUCGAACGUCGCCCUUCGCCCGCCGGCAUCAGAAGCUUGGUGUCAUGCCAGUCUUGACAAAGGGGGUAUGACAGCGUCCCAGGAGAAAUGGAGUAUUAACCCAAGUGUGAGGUCAGUGUGGAGUGGGUGAGUGGCUGAAGCAGGGAAAUCACAACUUUGGAAGAACAGAAUAAAAACGGAAGAAUAGAAGGAAAAUUAAAAUACAUCGAUAUAUGUACGUGUUUCAUCAUCACACUUUUGGCACCCAGAGUGACGGAAAAAUUUCAAUAGAACGUUUUUGUAGAAUUCUUUUUUCUGUAGGUUAUUCCCUGGUGGUGGAAGAAGCUGUUAAUCGAACUGCCUCACAUAGUAUGUAUAAAUAUAUAUAUUUAGUAAUGCAAAUACAUCUUGACGACGUUAUCUGGUAUGACUACAGCCUCCAUCAGACGAUAGCCAACCAAAGUGACUUAGCGAAAUCACACAACUCACCCACUUAAUACGCUAGAUUAACAUUUACAAAAGUCAUUAGCUUUACUGAAAACCUAAUUACUAGAGGACUAGUUUCCAACAGUGAGUGUCAUCUGCUAACGAAUUUCAUUUACAAAACCUGAAUAACCUUUAUGAGUCGUUGUUGACAUCGGACGUGGAUUGGAAUGCGGUGGAGGGGAAGGCUAGAUCAGCAGCAACUCGAGGAGGUGUCUUGGCGUCUGAUUCUAUUUUUGGAAAUAAAAAACACAUGGGGUUUAUUUUGAUGACAUCACAAAAGUUACGGACGCUUUGUGAAUAUAGUCGAUCAUUUUGGUCUUUUCAGUUGUCAAAAAAGAUGGAAAAUAAGGAUUUUAAUGGUUACAGUUUCAUUGAACAAUCAUCAAAACAGACGCCAGGACACCGAAUUGCUACUGAGCUAUCUUUCCCCAUGCGGUGGAUGGCGGGGUCGACCACAGUGGCUGCUCAGUGCGCUCCGCUUACUUGUGCGCUGGAAGCCAAUGGCACGAAAUAUGGUUGGCGUGAGUUGUGACUGGCUAGGAAUGCAAUCGAGAAUAACUGAAGAGGACGAAUAAUGUGGCCAUCAUCGUAAUUUCACUUAUACCUCAGAUUAAAUGCAAUCAAUUAGAGUAUGGAUUUCUCUAAUGUAGAGCAAGUUUAAAUAAUGUUGUAACUUAGAAAUUUAUUUUAAAAUUAAUGUCCUCUGAAUUU